GCCUUCUUCGUCUUCUCCUUCGCCACCACGUGACUCGUCUUGCUGCUUCUCCUAACAACCCUCGGGCGCUUCCUUGAUCGCGCCACUCCCCGGCCGCCACCCGAGGCGGAGCAGUCGCCUGCGACGACCGUGCUCCCACUUCGAGUCCAGGAAGAAUCGGGGAUGUGUUGAAAUGGCCUUCGGCCCUCUUCCUCCUGCCCUUACGCGGCUACGGUUCCCUCCCUCGCGCCGUCUUCCUCCCGUCUUCGGUGGUCGACGUAUCUCCUCCACCGCAGAUCGACCCGACAAGGACAUAUCCCCUUCCUCCUCCACUUUCCCUUCCGUCUCGGCUGCUCAGGCGGAGGCGAGGAAGGAGGCCUACCGCCAGCUCGAUAACCUCGACUUCAUGACUGCCGCCAAGAUCCUCUUCACCACCCCUCCUAAGAGAAAAGAAUUCGGGUUCGAUUUCCAUCUGGUGCAGUUCUUCUUUGCUUGUUUGCCCUCUUUAGCGGUAUUCUUGGUUGCCCAAUAUGCUCGGUAUGAAAUUAGAAGAAUGGAAGCGGAAUUAGAGGAGAAAAAGAAAAAAGAGGAAGAAGAACAAAAGGAAAAAGAGAUUGAAUUGGGUAACAAUGAAGAACAGCCUGAAGCAGAGUUAUCAAAGGUAAUAGCAAGGUUAGAUGCAUUAGAGGAGACCGUAAAAGUCAUUGCCAAUGAGAAAGCAAAAGUUCCAAGCUCUCUGUCAUCCAAGGAUCGACAGGUUGACCCAAAAGGACAAGUUGCAGCUGCUGAUAAGCAAUUUGAUACUCAGAACCGCUCAUCGUCGUCCAAGGAUCAACAGGUUGACCCACAAAAACAAGUUGUAGCUGCCGAUAAGCAAUUUGAUACUCAGAACCAGACUAAGGCUGGCGAGGAUACAACAAUUAGUAAAAAGGAACAGGUGAGUGGUUCUGGCCAUUCAUCUUAUAUUGAAGCACUUGACAAAGAAGGAAAAGGAUCAGUGGCGGCAACAUCUGGGAAGUCAAUAACUUGAUCAAAUAUCAUGCAUGGAAUUUUACUGCCAUCUAGGGGUCACCUAAGGAACCUUAACAGUGGAAACAUGUCUUUCCUUACAAAUUUUGUUAAAUUUAAGUCCCUUAUUCUUAAAUUGUUUGAGCAAAAGCAAUUCUCAAUGUUUUAUGGUAUAGCAAUCUAGAUUUUUUUAGUUGAUUUGCAAUUUGUCAGACUUUGUAGUGUAAUUAUAUUGUACAACAAUGCAAAUUAAAUUAAUUGUCACCUAAA